AUGGCGUCCGUCUGUGAUUCACCCUUGGGCGCUGAGCUGUUUGCUGCUGCGUCCGAUGGUCGCCUCGACGACGUCCAGCGCCUGCUCAAGGAAGGUGCCGACGUCUACUAUACCGAGGAUGAAGCGACGCCGCUGCAAAUUGCUGCUGACUACGGCCAUGACACCAUCGUCAAGGCGCUCCUCGCCGCCAACGUCGCUGUGGAUCACGCUACGAGCGAUGGAGAGACGCCACUGUUUAUUGCUGCUCAGAGUGGGCACGACGCCAUCGUCAAGACGCUCCUCGCCGCCAACGCUGCUGUCAAUCAAGCUGCGGACAGAGGAGCGACGCCGCUGCAUAUUGCUGCUGACUACGGCCAUGACACCGUCGUCAAGACGCUCCUCGCCGCCAACGCCGCUGUGGAUCAAGCGAUGAACGAUGGAACGACGCCGCUGAUGAUUGCUGCUCUGAGCGGCCAUGACACCGUCGUCAAGACGCUCCUCGCCGCCAACGCCGCUGUGGAUCAAGCGAUGAACGAUGGAACGACGCCGCUGAUGAUUGCUGCUCUGAGCGGCCAUGACACCGUCGUCAAGACGCUCCUCGCCGCCAACGCCGCUGUGGAUCAAGCGAUGAACGAUGGAACGACGCCGCUGAUGAUUGCUGCUCUGAGCGGCCAUGACACCGUCGUCAAGACGCUCCUCGCCGCCAACGCCGCUGUGGAUCAAGCGAUGAACGAUGGAACGACGCCGCUGAUGAUUGCUGCUCUGAGCGGCCAUGACACCGUCGUCAAGACGCUCCUCGGCGCCAACGCUGCUGUCAAUCAAGCUAUGAACAAUGGAGGGACAUCAUUGUUUAUUGCUGCUCUCAAUGGCCAUGACACUGUCGUCAAGACCCUCCUCGCCGCCAAUGCUGCCGUAGAUCAAGCUUUGAACAGCGGAGCGACGCCGCUGAUGGUUGCUGCUCAGAACGACCAUGACACUGUCGUCAAGACGCUCCUCGCCGCCAACGCUGCUGUCAAUCAAGCUAUGAACGAUGGAGCGACGCCGCUGAUGAUUGCUGCUCUAAACGGCCAUGACACCGUCGUCAAGACGCUCCUCGGCGCCAACGCUGCUGUGGAUCAAGCUAGAAACGAUGGAGCGACGUCGCUGCUCCUAGCUGCGUAUCAAGGACAUGACGUCAUUGUCAAGACGCUCCUUUGCGCCGACGCAGCUGUGGAUCAAACAGCAAAGGACGGGGACACGCCACUUUGUGCGGCGUCGCGCUUUGGCUAUGCCACAGCGGUGCAAAUUCUCCUGGACGCCGGGGCCGAUGUCGACAAGCGCGUGCGUACAAGCUUCAACGACCGCGAUAUCCUGCUCUUGGACGGGACGACCUCUCUCUUGGCGGCGGCUCUGCGUGGGCAUGAAGUGGUUUGCCGCGUGCUGCUCCGUGCCAACGCAAAUGUUCACGCGGCGGACAGCAGUGGCCAAACCGCACGCAUUGCUGCAGAGCGCGGUGGGCACGAGUCGGUCGUGCGACUCUUGCUCGAUGCUGGCGCCAGCCUCGAGGAUGAUGAGCAAUAG